AUGGCUUCCGAGUUCAUUGGGUACAACGUGCUUGUGAGCCUUCGAACACCGCCAGGUGGGAAGCUCCAAGGCCAGGUUGCUGAUGUGAUUGGACAAAACCUAUUGCUUCACAAUGUCACACUCCUGUGGAACGGUCAGCGCCUCCCCCACUACUCCCUGGACGCCUCCUCGAUUAUCGACCUCUCUCUGGAAUCGACCAACAAACCUCCCCCGCAGCAUCAGCAGAUGCAAGAUGCUCCAGUACAGCGUUCUCAUCAAUCCAAUGCCCCUCCUACCCAGCAGCAGUUUGUCGACCCGGCGAUUCUGAGCUAUUCCAAACCCCCUUCCGAAGUCGCCAAGGCACCUGCUCCCAGGCCGCAGACUCAGCAUGCCCCGCCACUCGCUGCCUCCUUGACUGAACCAUUCAGUGACCUUGAGUUGAAUGUGGAUAGUGGAAGAGCUGGCAUACACGGAACCUCGCAGGUGAAGGAACUCCAGGAGAACUUGACCCCAACCAAGCAGCCAUCGCGCCGAAGCCGACGAGCCAACGAUGAUGGAUUCACGAGCAAACAUAGUGCCGCCGCCAGCACCAACCCGAAGAGCAAAGGCUGGCGCCAGACUGCAUUCGUCGAGCCCGCCGUCCCGGUGAACCUAGCCUCCCCCGAACACAAGAUGCAGCCCGGCGCAAAGCUUCGCAAGAAGAAGACCCGCCGUGCUUAUGAGGAAGACCCCAGUGGAUGGGCUACGGAGGAUGCAACGGACAUUCAGGAACUGGGAGAAUUUGAUUUCCAAAGUAAUCUGUCCAAGUUCGACAAGCGACGCGUGUUUGAGGAGAUACGAAACGAUGACACGACGGCUGAUGAGGCUCGCCUUGUCAGCUUCAACCGAAAGGUCAAGCCGGGAACUAAUGGUGGAAAGAACCUUCACUGGACCGAGAACGUGCUCGACAGUCCGCAGAACAGCGAUUUCGGCGACGAUGCUGUCUUCAGCGAUACCAGACUCAGCAGCGAGAACAUCUCCGGGCGUGAGCGAUCGAGAGCAUCGACGCGCAUUCAGACAUCUCGCAAGGGCAGCGCAGUUCUGGGACAGGCCACCAUGCCACAGAUCACUGCGAUAGGCCGCACUCAGCUGAACACAUCUCGUACUACAAGUCCUCGGCCCGGCAGAUCAUCUGUUUCGCCUAUGAUCGGCCCCAGUGUAUCGAGUGCAUCUCUGCGACUGUCAACUACCAACCGUAGCUGCCCGACCGUGAGCCCACUCCAAACACUCGAGGUCGAGCAGAUCGCAGUAGCCGAGUUCGGCUUGAGCGAAGACAUCAUUACUGAGAAUGCAGGCCGAGGCAUCGCAGAAGCAGCUGUUGGCCUCCUUUCUGACGAUGCGGCUGCGCCCACCAUCCUGAUUAUCACUGGCAACCACCGCACUGGGGCUCGUGCUAUUUCGGCAGCGCGCCACCUGCGUAACCGUGGCCACCGUGUCACCGUCUGUGUGCUCGGGUUAGAGCACGAAGCUGAGCUGCUGGAGAACUGUCGCAAGCAACUGGAGAUCUUCCGGAAGAUUGGAGGACGCGUUCUCAAGUGGGAGGAUCUCUCAGCUCGUCUUUCUACAGCUGAGUUGGCUCCUGAUCUGGUGAUUGACGCCUUGUUUGGCAUGCACGUCGCCUUCGACGACCUUCGCACUGACGACCAAGCCGUUGCCUUUGAAAUGAUCUCAUGGGUGAACCGGAGCAAUGUCCAUGUGCUCUCGGUUGACGUUCCGUCGGGGAUGUCAGCUUCGAGUGGCGAGGCGGCUAUUGUUGAUGGGGGCCGACUGUGCAUCAACACCUCAUCCGUGGUGUGUCUUGGCGCCCCGAAGACCGGUAUUCUGAACGCCCUACUCGCCGGCGAGGGGCUUACCUGGAACGUCACCGUAGCCGAUAUUGGCAUCCCACAGAUCAUGGGUGGUACCUCUGCGGCUCCAGACCCUGGCUUCUUGAGUGGAUUCUCCAUCCGCUCUCGUUAUGAAUUCAUACAAGGCGUUUGUUUCGGGAUCAGGGGAUACCGAGCGCGGCUCGUGGCCCAUCCGGCGUUUCUCCUAGAUGUUCUUUAA